AUGCCACAGGAUUUCAUUGAAGAUCUUUCACAUCCAGGAUCAUCUGAAGAUGAUAGUGGAACUUACGACGAGUGGAUUCCUACCUUUUGCUCAAGAUUUGGGCAUGAAUACUUUUGUCAAGUACCUACUGAUUUUAUCGAAGAUGAUUUUAAUAUGACUUCUUUAUCACAAGAGGUUCCACACUAUAGAAAGGCAUUAGAUUUGAUAUUGGAUUUAGAAGCCAUGAGUGACGAAGAGGAUGAAGAUGAAGAUGCUGAUAUGGGCACACAAAAUGGUAAUGAAAGCGGUGGUGGUAAACCACAACUGGUAAACCGUUCUUUAGCGGAACACGCUGCAGAACAACUGUACGGACUAAUCCAUGCUCGUUACAUUUUAACAAAACCAGGAUUACAAGCAAUGGCAGAAAAAUUUGAUCAUAAGGAAUUUGGCACAUGUCCCCGUUACUACUGCGGUGGUAUGCAGCUAUUACCAUGUGGAUUAAAUGAUACUAUUGGUAAGAAUACAGUGCGGCUAUACUGCCCCAGUUGUCAAGAUUUAUACUUACCCCAAUCAUCUCGCCACCUCUGCAUGGAAGGUGCAUAUUGGGGAACAAGUUUCCCAGGUGUUUUUUUGAAGCACUUUGAAGAAUUAGAAGAAUACGUGGAACGUAAGAAUAAAGAGAUCUUUGAAUUGAAAGUUUUCGGAUUUAGAAUUAAUGAUGCUGCUAUAAGUGGACCAAGAAUGAAAUGGCUAAGGCAGUACCCCUCGACACCUGAUGAAUGGGAAGAAUUUUCCAAAUGUGAGUUUGAAAUUCCAGAAUUGCCAGAAACUAAUGCAUAA